GCCGGUGCGCGAGCAGCGCGCUCCCGCCACCCGCGUCGCCAUCUUUUUCCCCCUCCGUCCGUCUGUCUGCCUUUGGCUUUGUCCGUCUGCAGCGCCGCCCCUCAGCUCCUCGCCACCGGCUUGGCCCGGAGCCCCCUCCGCCCACCAAGGCCGGGUCCCGGAGAGCUCCGGCCUGGCUGGUCUGAGCUGCAGCGCGGCGCCCAUUGUCCGGCGGUCCGUCUGUCCGGAGGCGGGGCCCAGGGACCCUGAGGCAGCGCCGCGCCAAGGCGCCGGAUGCAAAUCACUUGUAUUCAAGCGAGUUUACUUUGCUCCGUGGGAACUGCAACAAAGCUGGAGGUCUGAAAAAGAACUGUGUUUGAUAUGCAGAUAUGAUAGAAGACUGCCUGAAAGCUGCUUCCUUUGCCACUUCCUGUGGAGGCCUGUCUUUUGCGGUUUCUUUCUUCUUUUGGUAAGAGGAGGCAGGAUCUGAUUACAGGUCAGCAUCUUCCAAGGAGGUAAUAAUAUAUCCAGUCGUGAAACUGGGAAAGGCCAGAACUCUCAGAUCAAGAAAACAUGUCCCGCCGAAAACAGACAAAUCCAAAUAAAGUUCACUGGGAUCAAGUAUUUGCUGGGCUAGAAGAGCAAGCCCGCCAGGCGAUGAUGAAAACUGAUUUUCCUGGAGAUCUUGGCAGUCAGCGGCAAGCUAUCCAACAACUAAGAGAUCAGGACUCCAGUAGCAGUGACAGUGAGGGUGAUGAAGAGGAAACCACACAAGAUGAAGUCUCUUCCCACACAUCAGAGGAAGAUGGAGGGGUGGUCAAAGUGGAAAAAGACUUAGAGAAUGCAGAGCAGCCUGUUGGUGGGAACAAACUAGUAGAGCAUGAGGUCACAGAGAAUCUGAAUUCUGACCCUUUGCUUGAACUCUGCCAGUGUCCCCUCUGUCAGCUAGACUGUGGGAGCCGGGAACAGCUGAUUGCUCAUGUAUACCAGCAUACUGCAGCAGUGGUGAGUGCCAAGAGCUACAUGUGUCCUGUCUGUGGGCGGGCCCUUAGCUCGCCAGGGUCAUUGGGUCGCCACCUCCUAAUCCAUUCGGAGGACCAGAGGUCCAAUUGUGCCGUGUGUGGAGCCCGUUUCACCAGCCAUGCCACUUUUAACAGUGAGAAACUUCCAGAAGUACUUAAUAUGGAAUCCUUACCCCCAGUUCACAGCGAGGGCCCCUCCAGUGCUGAGGGGAAGGACGUUGCUUUCAGUCCUCCAGUGUAUCCUGCUGGAAUUCUGCUUGUGUGCAACAACUGUGCUGCCUACCGGAAGUUGCUGGAAGCCCAGACCCCCAGUGUACGCAAGUGGGCUCUGCGUCGACAGAAUGAGCCUUUGGAAGUUCGGCUGCAGCGGCUAGAAAGAGAGCGUACAGCUAAGAAGAGUCGGCGGGACAAUGAGACCCCUGAGGAGCGGGAAGUCAGACGCAUGAGGGACCGUGAAGCCAAGCGCCUGCAGCGCAUGCAGGAGACAGAUGAGCAGAGGGCACGCCGCCUGCAGCGAGACCGGGAGGCCAUGAGGCUGAAGCGGGCCAAUGAAACCCCAGAGAAACGGCAGGCCCGACUCAUCCGAGAGCGAGAGGCCAAGCGACUUAAGAGAAGGCUGGAAAAAAUGGACAUCAUGUUACGAGCUCAGUUUGGCCAGGACCCUUCUGCCAUGGCAGCCUUAGCAGCUGAAAUGAACUUCUUCCAGCUGCCUGUGAGUGGGGUGGAGUUGGACAGCCAGCUUCUGGGCAAGAUGGCCUUUGAAGAACAGAAUACCAGCUCUCUGCACUGAAGCCCUCUCCUGUCUGCCCUCCCCCACAACCAAGCCCACAGGGCCCAGUGCUGCAGGCACCUACAAGGCCAUCCUUGCUGCCAGAGGCAGAUCUGGGUUUGUUGCAGGUGGACCUGUGCACCCCUUGCAUGUGGGAACAGGAUAAUGAUGUCAAGGCACUCUAUAGGCAAGGGAGCAGGUACUCCAGAGAACUAAAUUCUCCAGCCACUGCAGCAGGCGAGGAUUAUGGGACGAUGGGGUCCCAGUACAGCCCAUGAAGUUGGGAGGGCAAAUAAAUUAAUUUUAUCUUUACUG